AUGGCGAAAGGCGAACGCAGGGUGUUGUUGGUAUUGGGGGACUACGUGGAAGACUACGAGGCGAUGGAAUAUGGAGUGUCCGUUGAUGCCGUCUGUCCUGGCAAGAAAGCUGUUGAUAUCUGUCGCACAGCCAUUCAUCAACUUUCUCCUGCUCACCAGACUUAUUCUGAAUCACGUGGUCACAAUUUUGCACUCAAUGCAACAUUUGAUGACAUUGAAUUUAACAAAUAUGAUGGAUUAAUAAUACCAGGAGGACGGGCACCUGAAUAUCUUGCUGUGGAUGCGUCGGUUUUAGAAUUGGUGAGAAAGUAUUCUGACUCCUGA